GUUUGCCCACCGCAACAAAGAGUCUUAACGGUCGCAUCUCACUGUGCCUUUGCUCUAGUUGGCGGUGACUGCUUGCUUCUCCACGGUCCCUACAUAUACUGCUCUUGCUCGUCGCAAAAAAGAACCCUGACGAGUCUGCGUAUCUUUUCCCGUGUGUGGCGCCAUAAACACGCGCGGCACAAAAUAACUUCCCCAAAUUUCCUCACUUUUGAAAUCCCUCGAUCUUCCCGAAACACAACCAACAUGGCCGACGUGACGUUCCCCACGACUGCCGACAUCGUCAUCAUUGGCGGCGGCCUGGCGGGCAUGGCCGCGGCCUUGGAAGCGCUUGAAGCCAAUGCUUCGUUGCGCAUUGUCCUACUUGAAAAGGAGCCCAAAGUGGGCGGCAACUCGGCCAAGGCGUCGUCCGGCAUCAACGCGGCGCAGUCCAAGGACGACCUCGACGCGUACUUGCAAGACACGUUGAAGUCGGGCGGCGGGUUCACCAACCCUGUUCUGGCGCAGACGUUGGUCGAUCAAAGCUUGGACGGCAUCCGGUUCCUUGAAAGCAAAGGCGUGGACCUGUCGGUGCAAUGCCAACUGGGCGGCCACUCGACGGAGCGCACACGGCGCAACAAGACCGGGCCGAACGUCGGGUUCGCCAUCACGUCAGCGCUCAAGAAGGCGAUCGACGACGCCAGCAGUCAGAUUCAGAUCGUCACCGGCGCCAAAGUGACCAAGUUGGUCGCGUCCGACAACGCCGUGUCGGGGGUCGAGUACCACGUGGACAACCGCGACUUCACCGUAUCCACCCCCGCAGUCAUCUUAGCCACGGGUGGGUACUCGGCCAACACGGCGCUGCUCAAGACACUGGCGCCUGGCAUGGAGGCAUUUGCGACGACGAAUGGGCCGUGGGCGACGGGCGACGGACUGGAGCUGGCCACGGGCGUCGGCGCGGCGCUGGUCGACACGGACAAAGUGCAGCUGCACCCCACGGGGUUCAUCGACCCGAAAGACCGCCACAAGUCGACUCGGUUCUUGGCCCCCGAAGCCCUCCGCGGCGCCGGCGGCAUCUUGCUCAACGUCCACGGCCAUCGGUUCGUGAACGAGCUGGCGACGCGCAAGGAAGUGUCGAACGCGAUGCUGGCGCAGCCAGAGAAGCGGUCGUUCUUGGUCUUGCUGCAGACGGACCAAGUGCAGGCGGCGUGCCAGGCGCUGGGUCUGGGCUUUUACGAGAAGAUUGGCCUGGUCAAGGUCGUUCCGACGUUGGAAACGUUGGCCCAAGUCGUGGGGGUGCCCCAGUCGGUCUUGGACGCCGAGUUCGACUCGUACUUGAAGGCGGCGCGGGGACAAGCCGCGGACACGUUUGGCCGGACGGCGUUUGCUAACGUCACGGAGUUGCGCCCGAUGUUUGUGUUGGAAGUGGAGCCCGUGGUGCAUUAUUGCAUGGGUGGGUUGAAAGAUACGAAGAGUGUGUAGAGAUACGAUGUGGACUUGUUGUAGGGGGCGUGCAGAUCAACGAACAUGCCGAAGUCGUGCUGGGCAACCACACGACGCCCGUGAAGGGGCUGUAUGCUGCGGGCGAAGUGUCGGGCGGACUCCACGGCGGCAACCGCUUGGGCGGCAAUUCGCUCACCGAAUGCGUAGUCUUUGGACGGCUGGCGGGCCAGCGGGCGGCGGCGCUCGUCGCUGUAAAACAAUAAUUAAUAUCCUAAGAAGUUUUGUCAA